AUGACCUCGGGGCUCUUGAGCUCCGCCGGGCGACACGGAACGGCCGCGCCCAGCGCGCUCACUCCCGGCUCAGUCGCCGCCACCAAGAGAUCGGGCCGCCGGGGAGGAAGAGCCCGGCCGCGCAGGGAGGAGUCAAGGGGACGCCGGCCAGGGCGCGGCUCCUCCUCCCGCCGCAGCCGAGGGAGGGAUGCAAUGGACUGUGAAGCAGCCUCGGAGCCCGGACCCCCGGCCUGUGCCUGCGUAGCCUCCUGGUGGGAUAUGGUCCUGAGGAACCUGAGAUUUUUCCCACAUGCCUGCUCAGGACUCGUGAGAAAAAUAGCUGCUGAAUUCCAAAGCUUCAGGAGUAAAUCUCUCAAGGAACACAUUUUUCCUCCUCUGAUGAACAUGAUGAUUUAUUUCAAUUUUUAUAAAACUCCCCUUCUCGUGGAUUUAAAGAGACCAGAAUCGAAGAUUGCCCACACAGUGAAUUUCUUCCUCAGGCCUGAGCCUGGGGUGCUGCUUGGCAUCUGGCACACGGUCCCCAGCUGCCGGGGAGAAGAUGCCAAGGGGAAGUGUCACUGCUGGUAUGAAGCUGCCCUUCACGAUGGGAACCCAAUUAUUGUUUAUCUUCAUGGCAGUGCACAGCACAGGGCAGCUCCUCACAGAAUUAAGCUGGCAAAGGUGCUGAGUGACGGAGGCUUUCAUGUCUUAUCAGUGGACUAUAGAGGGUUUGGGGAUUCUACAGGGACACCCACUGAGGAGGGCCUAACCACAGAUGCGAUUUGUGUCUAUGAAUGGACCAAGGCAAGAAGUGGCAGGACCCCUGUGUGUCUGUGGGGACACUCUCUGGGAACAGGAGUCGCAACAAAUGCUGCCAGAGCUCUAGAGGCAAAAGGAUGCCCAGUAGAUGCCAUUGUCUUAGAAGCUCCAUUUACGAACAUGUGGGUGGCAAGUAUCAACUAUCCUCUGCUAAAGAUUUUCAAGAAGCUGCCAAGAUGUGUAAGAAUGCUUAUGGAUGCCCUUAAAGAAGACAAGAUUGUCUUCCCCAGUGAUGAAAAUGUGAAGUUCCUGUCCUCCCCACUUCUCAUCUUGCAUGGAGAAGACGACAGGACAGUGCCUCUGGAGUAUGGAAAGCAGCUCUAUGAAAUUGCACACAAUGCUUACAGGAACAAAGACAGGGUCAAAAUGGUGGUCUUUCCUCCAGGUUUCCAUCAUAACCUUCUUUGUGAAAGCCCUUUGCUACUGAGAAGUGUGAGAGACUUCCUGAGCCAGCAGUGGGCCUGAGGGCCGGGAGGAGCAGAAAUCGCCAGUGAAGAUGGGGUACAAAUGUCACCUGAGCUGUGUGCUUUCUUUGUGCAAUAUUGCAAUGGGCUACUUGGAUGAGCCAAAGCCCCUGAUGCUUCCAAAGGCCAC